UCGUGGCAUUCGCCGCUGAAUAUUGUCCAUUAAAUCAUAUAAAAUUUCUUUAUAUAUGAAAAACAUAAUUGAAUUCUUACGAGAAAAUCCCAUUCCAAAUUUAAAAUUUAUUAACGAUCCUUUCUGUCACAUAGUAAUCUGUUUUUCAACGAAAAAUAUCUCAUAUAAGUAGUGUUCAAUUAAUCCCCUUAAAUAAUUAUUAUAAAAUAAAUUUAUUGGUAGUUAAAAGUCGUCGGUUUACAUAAGACUAAAAAUAAGAAAUUGAGGUUAGCAAUGUCUAAGCUGACUCUGGACGGCUUUUUUUCCUACUGCAAGCAAAUAGCAGAACACAUACAAUUGGGCGAAAGGAUGGCUUCUCUCUCCGGUCAGAGUACUCCAAAAUUAACAUCCGGUGUCGGCAAUCUCUAUUAUGACUCUAUCCUGCCGUACCGAGAGGACGCUAAUCCCCAGACCCGCGAAUUUCUCGCCAGGGUCGUCGAUGUUCUCCUCGACUACAUCCAAAAAGUCAAUGAUAGGAAUGAAAAGAUCCUGGAGUUCAAGAUGCCCGAGGAGAUGAAUAGAAUGCUGGAUCUUCACCUACCAGACGACCCUCUCCCCUUGAAGCAGCUGUUGGAAGACUGCAAGGUCGCCCUGAAGCAUCAAGUCAAGACCGGCCACCCCCACUUCUUCAACCAACUGUCUUGUGGUCUAGACAUCAUCUCCCUGGCCGGUGAAUGGCUGACGGCUGCUGCGAACACCAACAUGUUUACAUAUGAGAUAGCUCCUGUCUUCAUCUUGAUGGAGAACGUUGUUCUAGAGAAGAUGAGGAACAUGAUUGGCUGGAAGAAUGGUGACUCGAUUUUGGCUCCAGGUGGUUCUGUUUCGAACCUAUACGCCUUCCUGGCAGCUCGGCACCACAAGUUCCCGCAGUACAAGGAGAAGGGUCUCUCCAGCAUUCCUGGGCAUCUGGUUAUGUUUACUUCUGAUCAGUGUCAUUACUCGGUGAAGUCCUGCGCGUCUGUCUGCGGUCUUGGCACGGACUACUGUGUGUGCGUGCCCUCUGAUGAGAAUGGGCGCAUGAUUUCCAGCGAGCUGGAGCGGCUUGUGAAAUACCAUCGUGACAGAGGAAAUGUACCGUUCUUUGUGAACGCGACGUCCGGUACAACGGUACUUGGAGCUUUCGACCCUCUGAUGGAAAUCGCUGACAUCUGUCAGAAAUAUGAUCUCUGGAUGCACGUUGAUGCGGCCUGGGGAGGUGGUCUCUUGUUUUCCAAGAAGUACCGCCACCCUCGUCUCACUGGCAUCGAACGAGCUGACUCCGUAACCUGGAAUCCGCAUAAGCUGAUGGGGACACUCCUACAAUGUUCCACCGUGCACUUCAAGUACGAGGGCAUCCUGCUGAGCUGCAACGCAAUGUCCGCUGAGUACUUGUUCAUGACUGACAAGAUCUACGAUCCUCGCUACGAUACUGGCGACAAGGUGAUCCAGUGCGGCCGUCACAACGAUAUCUUCAAGCUGUGGUUGCAAUGGCGUGGCAAGGGUACCUCCGGCUUCGAGCGCCUCAUGGACAGGCUGAUGGAGUUGUCCGAGUACAUGGUCAGACGCAUCCGCGAACAAAGCGACAAGUUCUACUUGAUCCUGGAGCCAGAGAUGGUGAACGUCAGCUUCUGGUAUCUUCCCAAGCAGUUGCGUGGACUACCCCAUGAUAAGAACAAAGAAAUCAAACUUGGAAAGGUCUGCGCCAAGUUGAAGGGUCGCAUGAUGCAGUCCGGUACACUGAUGGUGGGCUACCAGCCAGACGACCGGCGACCAAACUUCUUCCGCAACAUCAUUUCCUCAGCGGCCGUCACCGAAAAGGACGUGGACUUCCUCCUCAGUGAGAUGGACCGCCUCGGACAUGACAUCAUUGUCGACUAAAUUAACCUAAAUAUUUUACACCUUGUCCUAAACGAAAUUAAAAAAUGAAUAUGUCAAUGUUAUUUUUUAAAUUUAACCGUGCUUUAAAUGAUAUUUGCUGUUUUGAAUUAUAAAUUCUUCCAAUAGUAUAAACUAUAAAGAAUAUAAAUCUAUAUCAAUGUCUAUUUUUCGUCUGAAAUGUUGACUGUUUACUUCGGAAUGUGGAAUUGUAUAAAAUAUAAUCGUUAAUGUUAAAAAAA